AGAUUUAGGUUGGAUACUGGGGUCCAGGACCCAGUGUUGAGUUCUGCCUUUCUACCUCUUCAUCAAAGAGUGCCAGGGUAGUUGAUGCACCUGCUGUACUCCCUCCCUGUCUUCAGGAUAAAACGAGGAACACGACUCUAGGGCAUCCCAGUCCCGGUGCUCUCGGCAUCCUCUUCCCCCCCCCCCCCCCGCAACUCCUCCCCUCCUCCAGCGAGCCCCAAGCAGAGGAAAUGAUUUUUCCUAUGAAAUGAGUCUGGAUCUGGUGUCCGUGUUGAGCCUGGAGCUGGAGGGAAGGGGGCAGCCUUGGGUCCCCUUGGGCUAGGAAAGGGAUGAGGGAAAAUUGUGGUGUGUAGAUAGGUGAUUUGGUGGCUCAAACGGUCUCGGGGUUCCUUCAUUGUGCCUGUCUUCUGUGAACCACUGGGUUUGGACGCAGAGGUGCAGCUUCAACUGUCCAGAGCAGAGCGGCAGUGGUGCAGCUCCGUUGGGCCACAGUAGUGGGCGGCGAGCUCCUGCUGGUGAGGAAAUCUCGGUCCCCGGCAGCCGCCGCUGCCCCUUUGAUGUUUUGGUACGCCGUGCGCAUGCGCUCCACAUUAGAAUUACUGCACUGGGCAGACUAAGUUGGAUCUCCUCUCUUCAGUGAAUCCCUCAAUCCCACCAGAACCUAAAGGGAUGUGGAGAGUCCGGAAAAGGGGCUACUUUGGGAUUUGGUCAUUUCCCUUAAUAAUCGCCGCUGUCUGUGCUCAGAGUGUCAAUGACCCUAGUAAUAUGUCGCUGGUUAAAGAGACGGUGGACAGACUGUUGAAAGGCUAUGACAUUCGUCUGAGACCAGAUUUUGGAGGUCCCCCUGUGGCCGUAGGAAUGAACAUUGAUAUUGCCAGCAUUGAUAUGGUUUCUGAGGUCAAUAUGGACUAUACCUUGACCAUGUAUUUUCAGCAAGCCUGGAGAGACAAGAGGCUGUCUUACAAUGUAAUUCCUUUAAACUUGACUUUGGACAACCGAGUGGCAGACCAACUCUGGGUGCCUGACACCUACUUCCUGAAUGAUAAGAAGUCAUUUGUACAUGGAGUGACUGUCAAAAACCGUAUGAUUCGAUUGCAUCCCGAUGGCACUGUCCUGUAUGGCCUCAGAAUCACAACUACGGCUGCCUGCAUGAUGGACCUAAGGCGGUAUCCACUGGAUGAACAAAACUGUACAUUGGAGAUUGAAAGCUAUGGCUACACAACUGAUGACAUUGAGUUUUACUGGCGCGGCGAUGACAAUGCAGUCACAGGAGUGACAAAGAUUGAGCUUCCUCAGUUCUCCAUCGUAGAUUAUAAACUCAUCACCAAGAAAGUUGUUUUCUCCACAGGUUCUUAUCCCAGAUUGUCCCUAAGCUUUAAGCUGAAAAGGAACAUUGGCUACUUCAUCCUGCAGACAUACAUGCCAUCAAUUCUGAUUACCAUUCUCUCCUGGGUCUCCUUUUGGAUUAACUAUGAUGCCUCUGCUGCACGGGUUGCAUUAGGAAUUACAACUGUCCUAACAAUGACCACAAUCAACACCCACCUCCGGGAAACUCUCCCUAAAAUCCCCUAUGUCAAAGCCAUUGACAUGUACCUAAUGGGGUGCUUUGUCUUCGUCUUUAUGGCCCUUCUGGAAUACGCUUUGGUCAACUACAUCUUCUUUGGGAGAGGACCCCAGCGCCAAAAGAAAGCAGCUGAGAAAGCUGCUAAUGCCAACAAUGAGAAGAUGCGCCUGGAUGUCAACAAGAUGUUUUAUAAAGAUAUUAAACAAAAUGGGACCCAGUAUCGAUCCUUGUGGGACCCUACUGGAGACCUCUCCCCAACUAGACGGACUACCAAUUAUGAUUUCUCUCUGUAUACGAUGGACCCCCAUGAGAACAUCUUACUCAGCACGCUUGAGAUAAAAAACGAGAUGGCCACAUCCGAAGCAGUAAUGGGACUUGGAGACCCCAGGAGCACAAUGCUUGCCUAUGAUGCCUCCAGCAUCCAGUAUCGAAAAGCUGGGCUGCCUAGGCAUAGUUUUGGCCGCAACGCUCUGGAGCGACAUGUGGCACAAAAGAAAAGUCGCCUGAGGAGACGUGCCUCUCAACUGAAAAUCACCAUCCCCGACUUGACUGAUGUGAAUGCCAUUGAUCGGUGGUCCCGCAUUUUCUUCCCUGUGGUGUUUUCCUUCUUCAACAUCGUCUAUUGGCUUUAUUAUGUGAACUAAACUACAGCCUUCCGUGAGAAGCAAGGACUGGAUUCCUCUUCAAACAGUUGUACAGCCUGAUGUAGGACUUGGAAAACACAUCAAUCCAGGACAAAAGUGAUGUUAAAAUACCUUAGUUGCUGGCCUAUCCUGUGGUCCAUUUCAUACCAUUUGGGUUGCUUCUACUAAGUAAGGAAUACACUAAGGUCCUCGCGGUUUUCCAGUUACAAUGCAAGUGAUUUGUACACAUGCUGGCAAGAUCAAGUGUGAAGUAUUCCACUUUACCAGUUUUAGUACACAGCCUACUUAGAGGGUUAUUAUCUAAAUUCUAGAUGAUACUAGAAAGCUCAAUAGCAUGGGCAGUCAAUUCUCUGAGACACAGUCAUUUCCAAACGCCUUCCAUCAUUGUUCCUAAGAUUGGCAUGCCGUUGGGACACCAACUGUGCUUAUGAAACAUUUUCUGCAAUAAUGCGAACAUGCUACUUCAAUAUGGACUUUGAGGUCUGAGCCAGAUGAUGAUGAUGUCGUGGAGUGGUGAUUCUCAAGGGUCUAAUAGAUUCAUAUGCAUUUUGAGCACAAUGAAAGUAAGGAGGUGGGACACAGCUUUAAAGAAGAGACUCGGGAAUCCAGUUUAUCUGGUCUGUUUGAUUGCCUACAAUGAACUGGCAAGCAUGUCUUUCAUGUGGGCCUUAGGGGGAGGAAGAUCUCUGAGUAGACCAUGUACAGCAGCCAAAGUUAACAUCUUGUCAAAAAGCUGUUUCCAAGGUGGUUAAAAUAAAAGUUAAUAGCAUGGAGCUCGGUCCAAAGUCCAGAAAUGACCGAGGUUAAGAAAGAGUGAAACAACCAAGUGUGACCCUUGUCACUGCUACACAGCAUCUGGUCUGAACCCAGCGCUGAGCAGAAAGACUAGAAGGAAACAGAUUGAUUUGCCCUUGUGAGCUUAGCAUACUUUAGGAGGAUUUUUAUAAAUCAUUUCUCUCAUCAAAAAGUAGCUAUCAAAUAGAAAAGUGGAGGGAAUUAGGAGUACCUUGAUAGCUUAUAUUGAGAAUCAUUCUAACAGUAAAUAUAGAGCACAGAUGAGCAGGUCACUUUUCUCAGUGUCAGCUGCCCUUACAUCGUCCUCCUCUGGGUUUAUUUCUGACUGAAAUACAGUAUUUUUAAAAAGAGAAUUUGCUCUUUACCCGAAAGGAUUAUUCAUCAUCUUCAGCUUUUCUUGCUUUCAAAAUUUCUCAUUUUACUAUUAGGAGACAGCCCCGGUGAGGCUUUGCUGAGACCCUGUGAACUGGCUUUUCUUUUGUAUUCUUCAAGGCUUGUGUAUGCACAAAUGGAAUCUGUGGGUCAGUGGGGUUUGAUCAUUUAAAGGGUGUUUACGUUGUAUAUAUUGCAGUCUACUUAAUCAAGCAAAACAUGGAAAGUAGUGGGCACGAGGGUUAGAACGGGGCUGUGAUGAGUGAGUGUUGCCCUCCCAGCUCAUGGUACAGAAGUGAAGAGAACUGGCAUCAAUGGCUGCUGUGGUGGAUCGUCAUUAUCCUGCCUUUCAAAUUAUGUCAUUGUGCAUCUUUCUAUAUUGGACAUCCGCAUUCUUUACAGAAAAGAGAAUAGGGUAAUAUAUUUUAUUUUUUGUCAGUGGGGAGGGGGGUCCUAUUUGGCUUUUGCCUAUAGAAAAUACUAAAUUACUAUGUUUUCUAUACAAUUGACUCUGAUUGGCCUUUACCUCAGAGGAUGACUUUGCUACUUCUAUUUUUAAAACAAUCGAAAACAAUUCUGUCCUCAGAGUAGGGUCCCCAGUUAAGUGUAUAGGGGUCAAGGCUGGUUUUAUUCUGCAGAUGAAUCUUUCCCCUCAUGAUUAACAACCCUAGGAUAGUAAACAUUAUUGUGUGCUUCUAUUCCAACAAUUAAAGGGAAACCAGAAAUAUAAAUAAAAGUUCAUCAUUCAUUUUCUAAAUUUAACAAAGAUGGGAUGGUAGGUUUUGGGGGGGCUUGUUGUUUUGUUGUUGUUGUUUGUUUGUGUUUUGCUUUUUGUCCUCCCCCCAAUCAAUAUUGGCAUGUUUGGCUCCUGUAUUUUAAUUAUGUGCUUUACCCUUUUGAGUUUUAGUUAUAGGACUACAGAUCUGACUGAGGAUGUUCACAUGUGCUCAGAGUAAAGAUUCUUCAAAUUUCUCCAGGGCUUUCUCCUACGAAAUUAUAUAAGGGGGAUCACAGUAAUAAAGUGCCUAUCCCUUGUCAGCAGGGGUGACCUCUGAAUGGAAAACUACAGGAAGAAGCGUCACCUUAAUCUCAGGGGCACACCGUGACAUGCCAUUCGGAAACAACUUUUCUAAAGACAACUCAGAGCCUAAGCCUAGGCUCCCCUUAGCAAUUUCCAUAAAAGCCAUAACAAAAUCCUUGAUAUUGUCAUUUGUGAUUGUAACCAACUCUUAGGUGUCCAGGGAAGUCAAUCAUAUAAUUUAGAUCAAAAUGGAGAGAAGCAGCGUCACAGGGCGGGCUUCACAUGCUUAUGACCAGCAAACAGAUUUCUGGUCUAACUUAAUGCAGAGAAAAGAUGGGACCUUGCAAUCAGUGCCCUAGAGUGAACCAUAUGUUGACAUUCAAUAUCCACGUAGGUAGAGAACACUGACUCCUCCCGUCCAGAAAUAGCAGUCCAUGUAGAAUUUUUUAAAGCUACGUAUUUAGUUGAACUAGAAUGCAGGAAAGGGCGCUAGGUCUGGUGAAUCUGGGAAAACCAAUUAGUUUGUUACUCAGUAACUAAACUAACGGACCACCAAGGUGUGUUUGGGCAAUCUUGAAAUGGUAUUACUAUCCGUUUAUACAUAUGUAUAGUUUUUUUUUCUUUUGAUUAUACAAUAGCCAGAUAGCCAGCAAUUAAGGUGUUUUUUCAUCUUUGAGAAAUUAGUAGGCAAAUUCUGACUCUCAAAUGCACUGUCUAAACAAAAUCUCUGAUCUCAAUCUGUAUAUAUAUAUAUUGUACAUGACUGCUUGUAGGUAUGAAAUGCACCUCCGAAUUGAAAUCUCAUGCAGCAUACCCAUGUGUUUGCAUAGGAAUGUUACAAUUAUUUCUACUGCAAUUUAACAACAGGGGAUAGGACUCAAGCGGUGUCAUCUAGUCUUUCUGUCUCUUCAUUUCAAAAAGAGCAGUGCUAAGUAAAAUAAUAACAAUAAUAAUAAUAAUGAUUUUUUUAAAAAAAAACCAAAAGACACUACAUUCUAGGGUUAGUACCACACAGCAGUGAUCUGUCAAGCUUACAGAAGCACAAGACAUCACAAAAGUGCAGUGGCGUUUCUAAUGGAGAGAGAAACCACAGACAUUUUAAGGAAGACCUGCUUUAAAUCGGCAACUAUGACCAACUCCAUUUUCUGUAGGUCACCGUGUUUCAGUCUUAUAGCUAACUUCAUGGUCAAAAACAACAACUGAAAACAUCAACACAGACAGGUCUUAUAACAUAUCUAUAUGUGUAUAUGUGUAUAUAGAGAUCCAUGCAAACACACAUGCAUAUGUAUGCAUUCAUAUGUCAGAAACAAAAGGAAUAAACAAAGGGUUAUUUCCUUCAUAUGACUUUUUUUUUUUUAAAUUUGCCAGCCAACAGUCACCAUUCUGAAAUAAAUAAUACAGGGUACUGAACAUCUCUCUCAGCAAAUCAAUGCCUACAGUUCCUAAGAACAUUGCACAGUUUGACUCUACAAUAGUACUGUACCUCAGAAUAUGAGAUGUUAACUAGUGUCUGCAUUGCUUGUCAAAUAUCCAUUUGUUCUUUUAAAGGACACAGAUAACACUAUCCAUUGGUGAUUUAAAAUUGAAAAAAAAAUUAGGAAAAUGGGGAAAAAUCCUCUUGAGAGGAGGAAAAAAAAAAAAAAAAACUACCCCUUACCAUGAUGGUCAGGGAAAUUUACAACUGUAGCAAUCAUGCCAUUUUGCUAAGUGUACAGAAUCUGUUAUGUAAGCAACCAUAACUUUCACUGAGAGUGUGUAAAUAUUUAAACAGAUUUCUUAAAUAUUUUUAACUUCUAAUUUGUAUUUUACGGUAAGGCAAUGUACUAAUUCUGUUUAUGGCUUACAUCGACGUGCUAUGUUAUGUACAUAAUUAAAUAUGCUGUAAAUUAAUAGUCAAUAGAUACAAAUAAUUGCUUAGGGUUUUUGUCUUAAUUUUAUCUAUUUAUUUUUUACUAAGUAUGUUUACUGCAGUGCCCUGGCAGAGUAAUUUAAACACCCUUUUACAUAAAUGAUUUGGGAAUCCCAGACAUAAGUGUUCCCACUGCUGUUUCUCACAUACAGGUAUGAAUACACACACACACACACACACACACCACAGAGCAUCGUCUACUCUCUGCUUUUCACUCCCAUUUUCUCCCUCUUAGUGGGAAAUGUAGCCUUGUUUUGGCGUCAUAUUAACAACCAAGAGAUGCUUUUAAAAUGGUAAAUGGAAAAAAGGAGAAGUGGUUAGGAUUAACUGAAUAGUUUUUCUAUGCGAGAUUAAAAGAAGCCAAAGUUUGCAAACUAUAGCUAGUCCCCCAAAAGUAGACAUUUAUAGCAGCACUGCAGAUAACAACCACAAGAAUUAUUCGUACCAGCUCCAGAAAUUUGUUACAUAUGAUGCAUGCUGGAAGAGGUUUUUUGUUUUUGUUUUUUUUUAAGUAUAUGCUAGUAUAUGUUUGUCUUUAGAUAGUAUUAUUCCUUUCAACCAAAGACUCCAGAAUUAUUUUUCAAAAGCAAAGGGGAAAAAAAAAAAACAAAAGAAAGAAAGGAAAUGAGAAAAAAAAGUCACUGCUUCACACCAAAGUUUAAAUAAUUUUUCCAAAUGCAGUAGGGAGAUGGUUUUAAAAAAUAGAAAAGAGUCAAUAGAGAGUAAAUUCAGAAGCUGCCCUGAGAAAAUUAUUGUUUGUUUGUGUGUGUGUUUGUGUUUUUAAGUUGGAAACAAAUAAAGCUGUACCCUUAAGUAGCUUUACUUUUGGGAAAUUCAUUGAGAACAUUUCUCUAGAUAUGUGCAAGAUUUUUGACAUCAAUUUUUAAUUUGAUUUAAGAAGUACUUUUGUGAUAAACAUCCAAAACGAUGAAAAGUAAGAGUUUAUUUUGAGUUCUAAAGCAAAAUGCCACUCCCUGUCAGAUCACCUCCGUCUGAGGCCACACCCAUCACUUUCCACUUGAAUCAAGCCAACAUUUCCAUCAGCUUCUAUUCUUUCUCAUUUUAUGCUUUAGUUCAGUGGUUAAGAGUCCACACACAUCCAUUUUAAACACAAUUCACUCAAACAAAGUUGCUUAUAAUUUAAAUUCCAUGCCACUUACAAUUUUUUCUUUGCAUGGGUGUUUAAAUAGUUCUGUUAUGGAAUUGUUCCUGCAUAGUUCUGAGCUGUCCUUUUAUAAGAAGUGAUGUUCCAGUGUCUUCACAAUGUAGUGAUUAUCAGCCUUACAACGACCUUGUAGCCUUUCUGAACACACACAUCAUGCUCACUCCCCAAUGGCUAGAAAAUACAAAGCACUAGCAGGAUUCAUUGCAUCCGUUUUCACAUCUUUCUAACAUCAGGACUUCUAAAAAUCUCUGGGAUACAUGCGGUAGUAAAAUUCAAAAGAGGAUUAUCAAUGAAUAGCACAUAAGAAUUAUUUUCAUGAAUUUCAACUAAUUGCAGCCAGUUUCAGCAUGUAAAUAUAUAAUAAUGUUGGCUAGUGUGUAAUUCUUGACCUAAGAAAUAUAAAUAAAAGCAAAAAGUUCUA